GAAAUUGUGCUUCACUGAGACAUCUGCAGCUUAACGCCUUGUGUCUUGUCUUCCCAUUUCAUUCUUCAUGAGUGCUAUAGUUGGUUGUGUUUUGGACCACAGACGUAGCCAGGCCCUGAAAAUCUAAAUGUGACUACUACUCUGCCCUGCUCUUAAUGGAUAUACAGUCUAUUCAGGAAAGCAGGGAAGCAUAGUUUCAGGAUAAUUAAGUGAAUGAAGACAGCAAAACGAAUUGGGUGCUGGUUAACUGAUGGAAAUUUUAUGAAGGAAACUGCUUUUGUGGUCCCCAGCUUUACGUGCACACACACGCAUACACAUACUCACAUACACUCACACACAGCAGGUUUUCUGAUGCUCCAGCCACACUGGAGGAAACAAGUGCAAAUCUGCCACUCCCAUGAAUUCAAGAAGAAUCCUGGCACAUAGUAGGAGUUCAAUUUUUUUCAAAGUUAAUUUUGAAUCUUUAUCACCCUGUCCAAUGCACUAACAGAACUCAAAUCCUACUACCCAUCUUUCUAUGUCCCAUUUUUAGAACCCUAACUUUUCAAAAAGAAAAGAAAAAAAAACCUCACCAAAUCAAAAGAGAGGAAGUGCUACGCAAAUACAGGAACCAAAAAGGGUUAUAGAGGCUGCUUCGUGCUGUUUCGUUCAGUUCCUUUGCAGUCCUCUUCAGCACAUGCUAAAACAGUUCCUCACAACUUGUGGGACCAGCGCAUCUUGGGGUGCGUGACAAUGGAAGAGUUAGAUGCCUUAUUGGAGGAACUGGAACGCUCCACUCUCCAGGACAGUGAUGAAUCCUCCAGCCCAGCUCCUCUUUCCCUGGAUCAGCAUUCCAGAAAGGAGACUGACCUUGCUGAGACUUCAGGUGUCCCUUCUGUUCAGAAUGAUACAAGUCCCUUGCUGGUACAGCUCGUGUAUACGACCCAUAUCCAGGAGCCCAAUAUCUACAGUGAGGUCCAAGAGCCAAACAAAGCACGGCUGCCUCCUAAAACCUCAGCAGCUGCCCAGCUGGAUGAGCUUAUGGCCCAUCUGUGUGACAUGCAAACCCAGGUUGCAGCGAAAGCAGAUGCCAGCAAGAAGCACUUAGCAAACAAGCAGGAUCAGAAAGCCUCCCUGGACUCAAUGCUGGGGGGUUUGGAGCAGGACCUGCAGGACCUUGGAAUUGCCACAGUGCCCAAGGGCCACUGUGCUUCCUGUCAGAAGCCGAUUGCUGGCAAGGCGAUCCAUGCUCUGGGGCAAGCGUGGCACCCAGAGCACUUCGUCUGCGCUCACUGCAAAGAGGAGAUUGGCUGCAGCCCCUUCUUCGAGCGCAGUGGCUUGGCCUACUGCCCCAAGGACUACCACCACCUUUUCUCCCCGCGCUGUGCUUACUGCGCUGCUCCCAUCCUGGACAAAGUGCUGACGGCAAUGAACCAGACCUGGCAUCCGGAGCACUUCUUCUGCUCGCACUGCGGAGAGGUGUUCGGGGCGGAAGGCUUUCACGAGAAGGACAAGAAGCCGUACUGCCGGAAGGAUUUCUUAGCCAUGUUCUCACCCAAGUGUGGUGGCUGCAACCGCCCAGUGUUGGAAAACUACCUUUCAGCCAUGGACACCGUCUGGCACCCGGAAUGCUUUGUUUGUGGGGACUGCUUCAGCAGUUUUUCUGCUGGAUCCUUCUUUGAACUGGACGGACGUCCCUACUGUGAGCUGCAUUACCACCAGCGCCAAGGAACACUGUGCCGCGGGUGCGGGCAGCCCAUCACCGGCCGCUGCAUCAGUGCCAUGGGCCACAAGUUCCAUCCUGAGCACUUUGUCUGUGCUUUCUGCCUGACACAGUUGUCAAAGGGCGUCUUCAGGGAGCAGGAUGACAAGACCUACUGUCAACCCUGCUUCCACAAACUCUUCCCACUGUAAUCUCAGCUGACCCCACCGUCCCCGCAGAUGCCCUGUGAAGUUUAAACCAGGAGAGCAAAGAGUGCUCUGUUGUUACCGCUCUUCUCAGUGGGCAUAGAGAGAAACUAAAUAGAUCUAGAAAGAACCUUCUAGAUGUUACAUGGCUAGGCUUGCAGUCUUAGGUUUUAGAUUUCUAGUCUUUUUUUUUUUUUUUAAAUCGGGUACUUGGAUCCAGAUCUAGGUCCUGCUGUUAGUGCCUCUGCAGAUGCGUCUUCCACAUACACAUUUAUUUCACUGCUGGUUUUCUCAGAUCCUCCCAUUUUCACCCCGGGGACGACCCUGCCCAUGUCUUCUCUCCUGUGGCCCUCAUACCUGGGCCCUUUCACACCUCCCUGGUUUCCCUCUGGGACUCACUUUCCUUUGACCGCUGCAUUAUCCUUGCUGUCAGCAGUCCUGAGGCCCCUCCCAAGUUCCCUGCAUCUCUCUUCAGUAUAUUUCUCUUUUUCAAGAGGAUGUCGGUUUUAACUGGACUACUUUGAGUACCAACAUCACUGAUAAAUAAAACGGCUUUUGGUUUUAA